UGUAAGAGAAAAACCCUAAACUCUUUCAUCUGUGCUCAAAGCCCACUUCUUCUUCUUCCUCUUCUUCUUCUUCUUCAGGACGUCUCCUCCUCCUUUUCAGCAGCUCAGCCUCGCCUCCGCGGUCGCCGUCUACUUUCUUCUGUUCGUGCCGCCGGAGCCUCCCCUAGCGGUUUUUUACUGAUUUUCUCACCCAUUAUUACUGGUUACAAAUUUUACUGGGACUUGAUAGAUUGUUGCGGUUGCAUAAGCCAUGGCCAAGCAUCAUCCUGAUUUGAUAAUGUGCAGAAAACAGCCAGGAAUUGCAAUUGGCCGCCUAUGUGAGAAGUGCGAUGGGAAGUGUGUAAUCUGUGAUUCUUAUGUCCGACCCUGUACGCUUGUUCGUGUUUGUGACGAAUGCAAUUACGGGUCUUUCCAAGGCCGUUGUGUGAUCUGUGGAGGAGUAGGAAUUUCAGAUGCUUACUACUGCAAAGAGUGUACACAGCAGGAGAAAGAUAGAGAUGGAUGCCCAAAGAUUGUUAAUUUAGGCAGUGCAAAAACAGAUUUGUUCUAUGAACGUAAGAAAUAUGGGUUCAAGAAACGAUGAAGCAAAAACACAUUGAGUUUCCUUCCUAAGAUGGAUCUUACUGUAAUAUGAUGAAUUUCUGACAUCUAAUCUCAAAACUCUCUUAGACAUGUAUGUAUAUGCUGAUGAGUCAGAAUGAGAACAGUUGUUGGGGCUAAGGCUAUUCAUAAGAAUUAAAACUUUAUCGAUUGUAUUGUGUCUUUGAGUACAACUGUGGCAGACAGAUUGAACCAUCGACUUUUAAGAUGGUAAUUAGUAUUUUAUUCGUUGUCGAUUA